GGCCGUGCUCUACAUGGCCUCAAAGAUUAUGUCCAGGCAUUUCAAGUUCUGCAAACGGCGCUCCAGCUUAUCCCCGGGCAUGCUGAUAUUGAUGCUGCUUUGCGCCAGUCAAGGACCUCUUGUGCUCGGAGCCGCCAGGGAGAGUACGACAUUUCAGGUUUCUUGCUCGGAAUGCAACCGCCUGGGAAGGUUGGGGAGUUCAUUGGUGAUGUGGAAAUCAAGAAGACCAGGGACGGCAGGGGCCGCGGGCUCUACGCUACGAAAAAAAUUAGCACCGGCGAGUUCCUUUUAGUGAGCAAUGCCGUCGCCAUCGAUGACCACGGCUUCAGGCCUUUCAAAUUUGAUGAGAGACACAAAAUAGAAGCUUCUUCGCAGGAUGAUGUUGUAGCCGCCGUUAUCGGUGCUGCCGAAAAGUCUCAGAAGCUGCUCCAGCAGCUUUAUGCCCUAGACGACGGUUCUGAACUAGUCCGCGCUUCGAAGCCGGCCAUGGACUUGUUUGAUGCAAACAGCCCAGAAACAACGGAAAUGCCGCUGCUACAGAUUGACGACCACCGCAUCCGUGACAUCGUCUCCCGAAACUCCUUGGGCGGAGAGGCAGAGAUGUCGGCUUCAAGUCAGGGUUUUAGCGGGCUGUGGCUGCUGCCAUCGUUUAUCAAUCACUCCUGCCUCCCCAAUGCAACCAGACUUAAUGUAGGAAGAGCACUGUUUUUGCAUGCGGCAAAGCCAAUCGACAAGGGAGAAGAAAUCACCGUUUCUUACUUCGACGCCCUGCUCCCACUGCCACAGCGAGAGGCCAUGUGUGAAGCCUGGGGUUUCAAAUGCAACUGCAAGCGUUGUGCUCUGGAGAAGCCUCUCAAGGCUGCGUUUAAGAGCUUGAAUGAACAGUUUAAGGCACUACGCAACAUUGCGCUAGAGGAAACCAACGCUGCAAGGUCGUCAGGAGAAGAGUUUCCCACAGAGCUUCUCAAGUCUGCAGAAUUUGCCCGGGUCAACGAAAUGAUGGAGAAAAAAUUAUCUAAAUAUAGUAGAAUGAAACUAGAAGAAACACAUUGGGUUCGGGCAUCUUAUGUGACUGCUUAUUGGGCUGGAACGCAGUCGGAUGAGUUCUUCCCCAAGACUCUUGAGGACCCCAUUCCUUCGGGUGAUGAAAUCCUGGAGGCUGUUGUAAACACCAUUCCAGGCGACAUGCGAACCCUUGCCAUGGCGGCUCACCAGGCGGAAGGUUUAAAGCAGUGGAUUGGUAAUGAAGGCUGGGCCGUAGAGUAUUCUGCAACACAAGCUAGAGAUGCAUGUGUGCGAGUGUUGGGCAAACACAAUGAACACAUUAUUCAAGCACUCAUAAACCGCCAUGCAAAGUCUGCAAUCUUUUGAGGUGGGUAGUUGCUAGGUUUUUGAAAUUUUCUCGUAUAGCCGUUUUGGAGUCUUUUUCCUGAAUCACAAUGAAAUUGGGUUUUGACGAAAUCUGUCAUUUUCUUUAGAUAUUUGAAUGUAAAAAAUUGGCAGGCCUUUCAUAGCUAAGAUAAAUUUCAGCUUAAAAGCGGACAUAUGCUUUUCACGCAUUUUAUGAUACGAAGAUAGU